AUGGACGUGACAGCGAUACUGAUGGCCUUGCUGAGCGGCGUGCUUACCCAGCAGCAGCCGAUGAGGGCCAACCGACCGCUCUGGAUACUGGAGGAUCAGUUGGCGAAGCGCGAGCGUGAGAAUCGGCAGGAGUUGCUGGAAACGAGCACAACGCUGGAGCCGCCGCGACAGGCGCGCUACAUGGAGCCGGCGUCCAUAACGUUUCUGGUGCGCCAAGGCGCACCACAGGCCGCCACUGGGCAGUCGCAGCCACUGCCACUGGCACUGUCGCUGCCCCAGCCAGUGGCACAGCCACGCCACAUGCUGCCACGACGUCUACAGCUGCCACAUAGCUACGUGCAGCAGCGCCGCCACAGCCACAAACCAGCGGCGGUGGCGCAACGGCGACGACAGCCAAUGGCGCUGCCCAUCUUUGACAGUGCACCGGGGGAUAAUGCGCUGCCCAUGGCCGAUCAGUAUCCACUAUUUGUGUACAAUGGCACCAGGGGUGAGCUGAUAGUGAACACUAUGCUGAGCACUCAGCGAUAUCCGAUGAAGGAGCCGGUGCCGGGGCAGGUGCUCUAUCCGCCAUCGACACCCAUGUUCCGGCCCAAGCCAAUUGUGGAGCGUUUCCGUUUUCCGGGUCAUCGGGAACUCCUCAAUCUGACGCUGAUACCCUUCUACGCCCAUGAAGCUAUCAGCCCGCCCACCAGCCUGAUGCUAUCAACCAGACCCCCUCCCCCACACACCACCACCGAUGCCACGCCCCACGAGACUCAGCUGCCGCGCAGCCACCGCAAACGGAAACGCAAGAAGGCCAAGCAAUAUACCGCCUACCACUCGCCACAGGAAGUGCAAUGGCAGCCAACGUUGCCAGCUUCCUUGCAGACCACUCGCCAUCAUCGCCACAACCACCGCCAGCCCACCGAUUCGAAUGAGAGCAGCCAGAGCCUGGGUCUGGAACUGGAGCUAGGCAGCUUGGAGCAGGAAAUCGAACAACUGCAGCAGCAACUGCUGCCAUCCAAGGAGCCAGAGCUAGUCCAGACCACCACCAGCAGUCCGCCAUCCAGUUUCCACAUCGUAUAUGUCGAUGAGAGUCUCGAGCGCCCACACACCGGAGCCCCAUCCGAGCAGCCAGAGAGCACAACCAUCACACCACCCGUUCAGCGCCAGAGCUCGCGUUAUGCCGGGAAGCGUGAGUUCUACGCCUUUCCCGUUUACACGCUUGGCAAGCUGCUCCAAGAACCCGGGAGCAUCAUCAGCAGGAACAGUGUUGGAAGCCCUUUUAGGGGUGAUGCUUCUACGGAGCAUGAACCGAACAACACCUGGUUUAUUUUGAAUUCCCGCUACAAGGGACCGCAUCACAGCUCCCAGACAUACGGGAAAACCAAAUACUAUACCUCCAAGUACACGCAGAAUGCAAUUAAUUUAAAAACGUAG